ACUAAAAUCGGGGUGGGGGAUACGUUCAAUUCCACAGUUGAGGGCGCGACGGCGCUGGAGGAGUCGUGGUAUGUAACGCCACCCGCAUGUUUCACACGGGCGGGCCCCGUGAACGUAGAAACAUCACCGCUAGAGGACCUGCUGAUAGAGCAUCCCAGUAUGUCCGUGUACCGAGCCACAGCGUCUCCGGUCGCCCCCGAAACCCCACCGCCCACACCUGACGCGUCGGAAGACGUCGAGGAGGACGUUCUGCCCGACGUGGUCUCCAGCGCCCCGGACACGGCAGCACUAGCUUCGCCGGAACGUAGCCCGAGGAGAGGCGAGGACGAGCAACAAGCGACCCGUAGACCAGCCAUCCACGAUGGAAGACCCUCCGUUGACCGCGCCCGCACCGAGAAGAGGAUAGCUCAGCUUCGGUCGGCUUCGCAGAAAGUUUUCGAGAAGAGGUCUACCCAAGCGUUGAAGAGAGGCCGUCUGGAGAGGAGUAACAAACUGAGGGAGGUGUUCAGUGUAAAAGGCAAGCGGCCACGCCGCCAGGACCGCUUGCGUAUCCAGAACAGUGGCGCAAACAACAACCGGAAAUGCUAGUCAUUCGAUCUCAGACCAAGGUGUACUCAGAUACUUUCUUCCUAAAAAAACGCGAUUCUCUCGCGUUUAACUCAUUUCAGGCGACGCGAUUUAAGUGUUCAUUAAUUACUUUCAGCCUAUAUAUUCGCAUAUACAAUUAUGCCUAAUGUAUAAACUGAACGACAAAAAAGACAAAUUAGAUAGCAAGAGGAAAGGUCAAGUCGAUAAAAAAGAAUAAUGAAUGAACGAAGCAUACAAAUAUUAAUUCAAAAAAAAAAAAAAAAAAGAAGAAAGGAAAAGAAAAAAAAAAGAACAAAAAAUAAAUCACGUGGAGAAACCAUAGAGAUCUGUUCUUACAUGUGUCCUCUCUUAUCGUGUUUUAUAUAUGCUUUCUAUAUUGCUUCUUCGCAUACAAAAUUGCUCGAGAAUUGUUUUUCUCAAGAUAUUAUACGAAGAAAGCGAACAAUAGAGUGAAACGAGAAGAAAAAAAAACAAUUGUUUCCUUACAACUUGAUCAUGUCGAACUUGAUGUCUUGCUAAUCGAGAACGAAACGUCGUCUGAGGAAAGAAAAUGAGGGGCAAAAAAAAAAAACAUAUAUAUGUAUAUAUAUAUACAUAUAUAUAUAUAUAUAUCUAAAAAGGAAGAAAGUAUUUGAAACGUAGCCGAUUGGUCCACGGUGAGAGUCUCGUUGUAGAAUAUCUCGUGUAUAAUGGCGCGUGUAUGAUACUCGGUUGGAUCGUGUGUAUACUUUUUAGCCUCUAUUUAGUAUGGGCAAAUGUGUUUUUACUCGUAUGUUUAACGUUUAGUUUCUAUUUAAGUUGUUUACAUACCCUGUCAUUGAUGCGCCUAUGUAGCAGACAGGAUUUAUUAACGUAUAAUUUUUAGCGUAAUAACCCAUCCUUGAUGAUUCCCUUUCGUUUUCUCUUCCCUACGCGAACGAGCCGCCAUUUUUUCUUUCACGGACCGGUCCACGUUCAAUUUGCGGCGACAGUCGAUUUUCGAUGCUGAUAUGAAAUGCCAGAAACACAUACACUUUCGGGACCACGCUUUUUUCUUUUUUUUUUUUUUUUUUUUUUUUUUUAGGUUAUUGUAUUAGUUUCACGUUGGACACUUUCACGACCGUUAGACGAUCCGUUUAAAAAAAAAAGAAAGAUAAAAUUCCAACACGACGAGAUGGACGAACCACUAGCGUUAAUAGGUCACGUGCGAGCUCUCUGAGUGGCUCUGAAGACAGCUGAUAGUCGUAGAACGUCCAUUGGCAGCGUUACUGUACUCGUCUCACACGGUGUCCUUCCGUCUGAACUCGAAUAUCACCAAACCAUUAAGCAAUAAAACGCUAUCAAUCAGACACUGUUCGAAAUGCCUAUCGAUGGACGUUCAACAAUAACUGUAUUUAUUUAGCGGCACACAUGGUAUGGUACUAUCAACUGAAUAAUAUCGAUUAAACUUAUUAAACGUAACGUUUUAGAUGAC